UUAUAAAAAAGAGCGACUGAUGCUAGCUGUUACGAAAACACAAGGCUGCUGAUAUGCAUUCUUCCAAAAACUCUACAAACAUACCACCCCACCUACUCUUUUUAAUUUUCAUUCUCUCUCUUGCAUGAAUGAAACUGAUGAAAGAGCAAAACCAGAUAUCAUGUUGAGAUAUGAGUUACGAGGUGUUAUUUUAGAACCAUAGGAACAGUGAGAGAAAGAAAUAAAAAAAUGGAUGUGACGUCAUUUUUGAGGUCAUCUCCUAGGAGCAGCUCCAAUUAUAGUCGGCACUUUGACAUACCGGAGGCAGAAACAUCGGAGCAUGUUGGCGGUGCAAUGUUGCCCAUUUUCCUCAAUAAUUUACAGACAAACAAUAAUGAUCGAGACUUGGUUGAGGUCACGCUAGAACUGGAGGACAAUUCCUUUGUUUUGUGUACCAUAAAACCAAGUCCAGAUCACAACAACAAAAUUUCUGCUGGAGAAGAAGAAGAAGAAAAUUCUCCCAGCGGACUUGUCUCGAGCAGUACGCGUGCAUCUCCCAGGAAAUUCUCGUGGUUAAGAUCACCGGAAAGGAGUGAUCACCAUCAUUUUCAUCAAAAUCAGAUGACGGAGAUGAAAUCAUCAAAAUUGAAGAUGGUGAGGAAUAAAUCGACCACUCAGCGAGCCCUUGGAGGGUUGAGAUUCAUAAGUAAGACGACCGGAGAAUGUGAUACUAAUAAUGAUCUUUGGGGAAAAGUUGAGACUCGCUUCAACGCUUUGGCCAAGGAUGGUUUGCUCACUAGAGAAGAUUUCGGUGAAUGCAUUGGAAUGGGGGAUUCAAAAGAGUUUGCGGUGGGAAUUUUUGAUGCAUUGGUACGAAGAAGGCGACAAAAGAUGUCAAAGAUAAGCAAAGCAGAGCUACACGAAUUCUGGUUGCAGAUUUCUAACCAAAGCUUUCACGCCAGACUUGCGAUUUUCUUUGACAUGGCUGAUAGCAAUGGAGAUGGAAGAAUCACGAAAGAAGAAGUUCAAGAGCUGAUAAUGCUGAGUGCUUCAGCAAAUAAGCUAUCAAAAUUGAAGGAAAAUGCAGCAGAGUAUGCUUCUUUGAUAAUGGAGGAAUUAGACCCAGAAGGUCUUGGUUACAUUGAGUUAUGGCAGUUGGAAACACUUCUUCUACAAAGGGACAAUUACAUGAGCUACGGUAGGCCUUUAAGCACAACCAGUGUUGACUGGAGUAUAAACUUAGGAACCUGCAAGACCAACAACAUAGUAAAGAAAGCAAGUCGUGCCCUCAAAUGCCUUGUCUUAGAGAACUGGCAUAGAGGCUGGAUUAUCUUGCUAUGGUUGCUGGCUAUGAUUGGACUUUUCACUUGGAAAUUCAUGCAGUAUAGGCAAAUGGAAGCAUUUCAAGUAAUGGGUUACUGUUUGGCUACAGCUAAAGGGGCCGCGGAGACGCUCAAGUUUAACAUGGCACUAAUCCUUUUACCAGUUUGUCGAAACAUGUUAACUAGGUUACGUUCAACAAGAGCCAGGAUACUUAUUCCAUUUGAUGACAAUAUCAAUUUUCACAAGAUUAUUGCACAUGCCAUAGCUGUUGGCAUAAUACUUCAUGCAGCCAACCAUUUAGCGUGUGAUUUUCCCCAUCUGGUUAACUCAUCACCAGAAAAAUUUGCACUCAUAGCUUCUGAUUUUGACAAGUUGAAGCCAAGUUACAAAAGUCUUUUGACUGGUGUUGAGGGCAUCACUGGUAUUUCUAUGGUAAUUUUGAUGACUAUAGCCUUCAUACUGGCAACACGAUGCUUCAGGAGGAGCAUACUGAAGUUGCCACCCCCUCUGAACCAAUUAACAGGCUUUAACGCAUUUUGGUAUUCUCAUCACCUUCUGGCAUUGGUCUAUAUAUUGCUACUACUACAUGGAACAUUCCUGUUCUUUGUCCACAAAUGGUAUCAGAAAACUACGUGGAUGUAUAUCUCCCUUCCAUUAAUCCUGUACAUUGCAGAGAGGACUUCGAGAACAUGGCGAUCAGAAGACUAUGCAGUUAAGAUCUUGAAGGUUUCUGUACUUCCAGGAGAUGUCUUGAGCUUGAUCAUGUCAAAACCAGCUGGUUUUAAAUACAAGAGCGGGCAGUAUAUAUUCUUGCAGUGCCCAACAAUAUCAUCAUUUCAAUGGCAUCCGUUUUCCAUAACAUCUGCACCAGGAGAUGACUACCUCAGUGUUUAUAUCCGGAUUGUAGGUGACUGGACAAAAGAUCUUAAGAGGGUAUUUACAAAGAUUCCAGCAUGUGUAGUUGGUCAAGCAAAGUUUGAAGAACAUGAAAAUGUUGAUCAAAGAGGUUUACCUAGAUUGCUUGUAGAUGGACCAUAUGGCGCUCCAGCACAGGACUAUCAAAAUUAUGACGUCUUACUUCUUGUAGGACUUGGUAUUGGAGCUACACCUUUUAUAAGUAUCCUAAAGGAUCUACUGAACAAUACAAGAGCACAUGAAAAUGUGGAUUUGAAUACUGAGACCAGCGCAUCAGAUGACAGCUGGACAAGUUUUGUUUCUUCAAGCACAGCAUCAAGUGUAAAGAAGAAAUCACAAAGGACGAGAACUGCACAUUUUUAUUGGGUUACCAGAGAACCUGGAUCCUUAGAGUGGUUCAAAGGAGUGAUGAAUGAAGUUGCAGAGAUGGAUCACAAAGGUCAGAUAGAGAUGCAUAAUUAUCUAACGAGUGUUUAUGAAGAAGGUGAUGCCAGAUCAGCUCUCAUCACCAUGCUCCAAGCACUUAAUCAUGCAAAACAUGGUGUUGACAUCCUGUCUGGCACUAGGGUGAGGACACAUUUUGCAAGGCCCAAAUGGAUUGAAGUGUUCAAGAAAAUAGCUUUGAAACAUCCCUAUUCAACAGUAGGAGUCUUCUACUGCGGGAUGCCUGUCUUGGCAAAGGAGUUGAAGAAGCUAUCUCAAGAAUUAAGUUACAAGACAUCCACGCGUUUCGAGUUCCAUAAGGAGUACUUCUGAUAUUAUAAAUUUUCAACAAUAAUCCCAGCGGGUUUUUUCCUUUACAUUUUGUAACUAUUUAUGUGAUGCAUGUGCAUGUGUAUUUCAAUUAAAAAUGUAAAUGCAUGUAUCAUACAAGAUAUGAAAAUACUAUAGUGAAAGAGAGUUUUUUCACUAGAGAAUUAUACAUGAUCAUUACAAUACAGAAGAACCAUAUUAUUGUACCAUAAUGCACAUCUUAUGAGCAAAAAAAGCAUGGCGUGUCAAGAAAGGUUAAUCAAAUUCUCAGAGCAUUUGCA